GAACGUAAUUACAUUUUACAAACGGCGCCCCAUAGUAAAUACUAUAAAAGCAUCACCUGUGCUGGGCAGAGGAGUCAGAGCGCCCUCUUGUGGUAAAUAGCAGAAAGUGCAUUAUUUGAUUGGCCUCCCAGUGUUGAGCUAGUUAUCUGUGGGUGUGGGUGUGGGUGUGGGUGGAAACACGGUGACGCACUGCUCUGUGUUUAAUAACUGGAGCAGGCAGGACCAGACAAAGAUCAAUUCAAACAUCACGCUGAGCAGAAUGGAUACGGACGAUAAGAACACGCCUCUGAGAGAAGGAUUCCUUGUGAAAAGGGGUCAUCUGGUUCACAACUGGAAGGCGCGCUGGUUCGUGCUGAUGUCUGACAAGCUGCUGUAUUACAAGUACGAAGGAGGCAAGAGGGACUCGUGUCAGCGAGGAAAGAUCCUCCUGAAGGACUGUGUGAUAACGUGUCCGUUUCUGGAGUACGAAAAUCGACCGUUGGUAUUCAAGCUGCUGACAAAGAAUGGGGUGGAUCAUUUUUUGGAGGCCUGUUCCCGGGAGGAGAGAGACGACUGGGCCGAUGACAUCACCGCUGCGGUCGCCAAGCUGCAGCCGUCUGAAGGUGGGGAGGUGACGAAGCAGCAGCACCCUGCUGGAUCACAGCUACACGACAUCAAUCUGAGCAAGGUGUUGGACUGCAUGUACGACGUCCACAGCGGCAUCAACAUGAGCAACCACAUGGAGCAGGGCAGCACCUACAGCAACUGCUUCUCAGGUUCGGCGGUGGUGGACUGGCUGGUGUUUAUGCAGCUGGUUCUGACCCGUGUGGAGGCCAUGACGCUGGCCUCGGCCCUGCUGGAGGAGGGUUUCCUGCGGCCCAUCGGCCUGAAGAGUGCCGAGGCUCUCCGCACUGCCGGCCUCAGCGAGCAGUUCAUGGACGACUCCACCGCGCUGUACAGCUUUUCUGACAGCUUAAAGAAGAGAGGAAGUGUGAAGGCCGAGUCUUCCGCUUCUGCAGUGGAGCUGAGUGGAAAAGUGGUCAAGAGAGGAUAUCUACUUAAACAGGGACACAGAAGGAAGAACUGGAAGGUGCGACUGUUUGUGCUGCGUUCACAACCUUCAUACCUUCACUAUUAUGAUCCCACCAAGGAUGACAUCAGCCCCGCAGGCGGUUUCUCUCUGCGGUCCUGUCUGGUGUCGUCCCUGGGCGAUAACGGAGUUCCCUCAGGUGUAAAAGGCAACAUUCAAGGCAACUUGUUCAAAAUCAUCACGCAGUCAGACACACACUACUUCAUGCAGGCGCCGACCGAGCAGCAGAAGAUGGACUGGAUAGACGCCAUCAGGAAGCAGACGUAGAGCCGUUUCAAGAUGUUAAGAUUUACGCAUUCUAUGAAUGUAUACCGUAGCAGUGCAAUGUUAAUUAAUUUAAAUAAACGUGGUCAUGAAACAUUUCUCUUAAAUA